AUGCCGACCAUACCAAAGAGGGAGGACUUUCCGGCGAACCUGAAGCUCGAUCUUGUGCCACGUAAGUUCUCGACAAUGGCAAGCAACAGCACGCUGGAGAGUAGCGGAUCAGCUGCUUUUGCCCGUCGGGAUCAUCUUCCAUCGCCACAAGCUGCUGUGACCUCUGUAGAUCCUUGCUUGUGCAAAGACAAGUACUGAGAACGAGUAUAGCACCAAAGGGAGACGAGGCCACCAACAUCCUCGUGCUCCUGCACGGCCUCGGCGACCAUCAUGCCUCCUUCGCUGUCCUCGGCGGCCAAAUGAACCUUCCCGAAACCGCGUGCAUUUCCAUCUCAGGACCUUCGGGCCUGUUAGACCUCGGCGGUUUCCACUGGGGCGAUGACAUUAUCUUCGAUUCCACAAGCGGAGGACUCGACGCCGAUUCCGGCUUCAAGCAAGCGACCGAAAUGCUGCAACACGUCGUCAAGAACGUCCUCGUCGACAAGUGCAACUACAGCCUCCGCGACAUCAUCUUCUUCGGGUUUGGACAAGGCGGUAUGGCCGCUCUGAAUCUGGCCGUUGCUCUUGAACCCGACGAGCUGGGGGGAAUCGUCAGCAUCGGCGCCGGCCUGCCCAGUGAAGCUCCAGCGACUCUGGAUCCGAAGUCCAAGACUCCAGUGCUGGUUUGUGCGGGUUCAGAUCAGUCCUCGGUGACUUCGGCUUCCGAGGAGAAGCUCAAGCGUGUGUUUGAGUCUGUCGAGAUCAAGCGGUACCGCAAGCCCGGAGACAGCAUGCCCAGUAACCGUGACGAGAUGAUGCCGAUCAUGCAGUUCUUCUCGCGGAGAAUGAAGAGCACCAAGGGAGUUCCAAAGGGCAGUGUUGAGAUUGGCUGA